GUCCGACAAAAUAUUACACGGUCUCUACGGAAAUCAAACGUUCUGAUUGCUUUACUAGUGCUUGCUUUUUUCACUCCUUCAAUCAUCUGCUCCUGCGGCAGGAACUUCAAGGCAGCAGCAGUGUAUCACUGGGAUUAAUGUCCUCCGUCCUUUCAAGUCUGCUUGUAUUCUAACAAUCAAGAUUAUUACCCCUCAGGACGCUCUCGCUGUAUAAUUUAUACGCUGGCAGGGCAUAAGCAAGCCCUCACAUUCAUUUAUUUCUCCUCAUGUCUUCCGCCCGACAUUGGUUUUCAAAACGUGUCAAUCAUUCAAAUCCAAAAUCCCCCACUUCCAAUGAUUUCGGCUGUUCAGUAUCCACUGAAAAACUCCCAGUGCAUAUCGAAAAUUCAAAGAAUUCAGAUAGCUUCAAGUUCAGUCCUUUUGCGUCUGUCAUGGGCAGAAAGUCCAAAAAGCCGCGUCCGACUUUAGCUAUUCCUGAUUCUCCAGUACCAUCGCUCGUUUCUACCUCUGCAGUCCAUUCAUCUCCUCAUCAGUACACUAAUAGACCUUCUGCAAAUUCCAUUUCAUCCACUGUCCGCUCCGGAGACGACACCCUCGAACCUAGGACCCCACCUGAUAUUCAUAGAGACCGGGUUUCAUUCCCCCGCUCGGUUUUGACACUAUCGGACCCUGAUCCUUUCGCAUCAGGCGGUAUCUCUCUGCCCCGAAGCAUCUUAGACCGGGGUGUACCGUCCGUCUACUCCAGCACUUCGGGAUAUGAUGUGUAUCCAAAUAAAGACGAAGUCCAUUUUUUGCAUCAUCCAUCGCAUCUCUCGAUGUCCUCGCUGUCUCACGGUGGCAGUAAUGCGACGCCGUCAUUGGAAUCUGCUGGGCCUUGUUUGUCUCCUACAGCAGACGGCCGUGGCACAUCGCCUAGUAGAGAUAUGUUCAAGAGAAACGAGAUAAUAGACGAGCAGAGAACCCUCGAAAGCCCUGUGCAUUGCAGCUCUUUGGAUAAAAUGUCAAAGCAUGGAUCUGCGGUAACCUUGACUGAUCAGAGUCACAAAGGUCCCCCAGAUUCUCCUGCUGUUGCACGACCCACAAUUUUUCCAAAGGGUUAUACAGCGCCCAGCCCGUUCCAGGGUGUAAGCGCCGUCUCUCGGCCUCGAAAAGGAUCCGCUGCUCCGCCCGCUGAAGUUUAUGUGCGCUCUCGUACCCUCAGCCGUCAGCAAUCCACCUCUCGUCCUGCUCCGGCUCGCGAACUUCCCCCACCACCCUCGACGUCACAUAUCACAUCCGCCCCCGCGGACUGCGGUGCCGAGGACAAAUUUCCGUUAUCGGCGGGGAGUUCUUCUUCCGGCAUAUCAUCCGCUUCAGCCAACUGGCGGAUCCAAGACCUAGCAAUUGAGGAAAUUAAUGAACAACGUUAUCGACCAUAUAAAGAGACCGGCCUAGGCUUUGAUCGCAACUUCGAAACUCAGCGUCAACCGGUAAAGGAGUCAAACUACAUUCAUGUCACAGGUGUCACGGGAUCACCACCGCCGCCAGCUUUCCAUCAGCUGAAGAAGUCUAUGUCGCAUUCAACCCUGCAGAAGGCCAAGUCAGGUUCCAGCGGUACGCAAGAUUUCCUCAGAGGAGAUAAGGGAUUGAAGAAACAACACUCCUUCCAUCGUUCACGUGUCCACACACCCCCUACGUCUACACCAGCCUCCCCUUCUUCACCACCCAAUCACGAUCCUUCAUCAGUUGAAAGCCAUCAACCACCUCUCCCACAUCCUUACCCUGUCGUGCAAAAACGUAUGUUCUCGGGCUCUAGGAAACCCUCAACGGCAAUGACAGAGGAAGAUUUACGUUCGGUAUUCAGUCUUCCAACAGAAGCAGGACGCUCCUACUUAGCGUCACCCAGAGGUGUUGUGUCCCUCCUCGAUGAGCCUUCUUCAGAACCGCUUGCAUCUGGUAUGGUAUUCCCAGCUGCGGAGUUUACGCCGCAACAUAUCAUGUCCCCCGCGGAAAUGCUGAAGGUGGAGGCAAUUGUGCAGGGUGAAUUUGACGCGAAGUACGGAGAGGCUCUACGAAAUCCUCAGCGUUCCACAUUUGCGUCGACGCCUAUGUAUGGUACCAUGUAUACAAAAACAGGCCUGAGGACGGCUCCGUCGUCUUUUCCACGUUCAGCCCCCACUCGCAGCACAUCGGAUGUUUCCAAAGGACCUACGCCCAGAUCAUUUCCACGUCCCUCCACUGCACAAGCGGUUUCUUCGACGUCGAUGCGACAUUCAUCAUCCACCAAAGAUGGUCUAUCGCCCCCACCACGAACUCGUCCACAUACCGCCGAGACGAUGUACCAUGAAGAUUUGUUUAGCAGGCGAUCAAGUAAUGUCCCAUUCAUCCCUUUAUCGCCGCCCCCUCCGCGCCCGAAGCGUGCACUUCGAAUACCAUCAUUCCUGGGCGACACAACGGUACCGCAACGAUCCGUAAUUCGGAAGCCCUCCUUUUUGGAGAUCGCAGAUGAUUCCCAUAACUGUGAAGGCAGCUUCCUGGAUUUUGACAGCGGUAAAGAGUCGCUCGACCUCUCCCGGGAUUUCGACUAUGACGAAGAAGAUAGGAAUCCUUUCCCCAUUUGAUGCAGUCAUUUCCCGAUAGACACGUUCUUUUAAAUUGAUUAUUCAGUCCAUUAUUGUUACGCUACUUACCUUACUGCUCGAAUAUUAAUAUACUGACACACCUUCAAGGCAUUGUUUUAGUAGUUCAAGCAGUACUCCAGUUUUACCGCUCCCCGUCCUUACCCCUACCAACCAAUAUUUCAACGGUCCCUUUUUGUUACCGUCGCGUACUUUGCCUAUAUGUUUUCGCUGGCAGAAGUGUUCGACCAAGGAUCCUUGGGGAGUGAAUCAUGUGGUGUGGUUGAUCUUCCUUAAC